CUUGUUCAUAAAACUCGGCGCUCUAUUUAAAUUAAUUUCGAAAGUUUCUGAGACAAAAUAGUUGUUUUUUAAAUAAAUAGAUAAAUAAUUUUAUUUAAAAUAACAAAAUAAGAUAAUUUUAUUGUUUCGAUUUCAUCCUUAAAUAAUUUUUAUCACACCGACACUUUUAAAGACUAAAAUAGACAAUGUUCAACGACGAGAAUCGCCAGCCGCUGAAGUCCCGAGAUAAUAUGAUCAGCUCAUCAAACAAUGGGAGCCAGCAGUCCCUAUCUCAGCAACAGCUUCCAAGAAGAGAAGCUAAGAAAUGGUCCCUUCAACACUUUGACAUUGGUCGACCUCUUGGAAAAGGAAAAUUUGGCAAUGUUUAUUUAGCUCGUGAGAAAGACAGCUUGUAUAUUUGUGCCUUGAAGGUACUUUUAUAUUCUCAGCUUGAGAAAAACUCUGUUGAGCAUCAGCUUAGAAGAGAAAUUGAAAUUCAAUCACAUCUCAGGCACCCAAACAUAUUAAGACUGUUUGGCUACUUUUAUGAUGAAACUCGUGUCUACCUAAUUCUCGAAUAUGCCCCCAAAGGUGAGUUGUACAAGGAGCUGAAAAGGCAGGGUUCAUUUGAUGACCCGACAACCGCUACUUACAUGUCUGAGAUAGCGGAUGCCCUGAUCUACUGCCACUCCAAAAAAGUCAUCCACCGGGACAUCAAACCAGAAAAUCUUCUGUUGGGGUUACGGGGCGAGUUGAAGAUUGCUGAUUUUGGCUGGUCUGUACAUGCCCCUUCGUCGAGGAGAGCAACCCUGUGUGGCACCCUCGAUUACUUGCCUCCUGAGAUGGUGGAGGGCAAGGAACACGAUGAACGAGUUGACCUUUGGAGUCUUGGGGUUCUCUGCUACGAAUUCCUUCACGGUUAUCCGCCAUUUGAGGAUGAGAGGGGACAACAAGAGACCUACCAACGUAUCCUUAAACUAGACUUAAAGUUUGCCCCUAAGACUUCCGCAGGGGCUCAGGACCUCAUUAGAAAGCUCCUUCGAUAUAAUCCUGCUGAUAGACUGCCUCUCAGGCAGGUCCUCGAACAUUUCUGGAUCAAGGAGAACUUCAAAGACAGACCAACUGUGAAGGAAGUGGUGGGAGCUGAGAGGACAGCUGAAGCCAGAAGGAUGGGCAACCAGGCGAUCGGUAGUCAGGCCUGUGGCGUUAGCAGCACCACCGAUAGUGUCUGUGGUUCUGGAAUGCCUAAGUGAAAUAUGUAAAUAACUUCCCGAAGUUUCUUUUCGUUCUGGGUGUUUUGUACAUAGAUAAAAAUGCUGAUCAGCUGACGGUUUAUCGCUCAUUACCAGUAUAGAUAGCAACUCUUUUUUGUGUUUGUGUUAUUUUUUAACAUGUCAAUAUUUUCAUCCACUAAUUUUAUAACUUGAUGCCGUCAAUCGCCUCAGGCUUUGCUGCACUUUGCUGCCUUUUACUUAUUUUGCAUAUGAUUAAAUAGAUAUUCAAAGGUUUUCAAAAGUUUUAAAUAUUUGUAAUGUUUUACUUCUUUCUUUUUUUUUUACUACAAUGUCCCAUUUACUUUUUAAAAAUAGCAUUUAUAAAAUGGUUUUAAUCGUUCAGUUCUGUUUUCUCAACUACUUUCUCUUAACGUUCGUAUUUUUAAGUUCAGUCUGCUUUUAUCUUAACCUAUGGCAUGUGUAAUCAAAAAUACGUCAAUAUUGCAAUCAAAAUACCUUUGCAUGUAGUACUAAUUAAUAAAUGUUUCUGUCGGUAAAUAAAAAGUUAUAAAAGCAAU